AUGGCUUUCCCUAUCCCUUACCCAAACUCCGAAAAGGAGGUGAUGUUGAAUCGCUGUGGGUGCCUCCAAGAAGCAGACAUUUCGAAGUGCAUUGCCAACACGGCCAGCUCGUUCCCUCCUUCCUCUGUUGUCCAGAGCGCCCUUUCUGCAGCGCCACCCCGAAGACGACAAGAUCCCGAGAGUAUAGCUGCGAGCGUACAAACCCCAAGUCCUAUGCCGAAGGAGCGAAUCGCACAGCUUAACCACCGACGGCGAGCUCCCGAGAGUAAUAGCUGGAGCCAACCGAUGAUCCAGACUUUAUGGCCACCGAAGAUCUUGAAAGGCUACGAGCUUUCAAACCCCAGCCCCUACACCGAAGGUAAACCUAUAAAGUCUGGUUGGUCUGUUGGUUCUAGCCAUUACUUUCGCGAGCUCGCUGUGGGUGGUUGGCCUGUGCGUUUCACUCUGCCCGUUAUGACUUGUUCUACCAGGCUAUUUCUGGUAGUCGCUGAUUAUGUCUAG